CUGCGCGAGAUUGGCGCGUGGCGGUGCAAUAACGUCCGCGUCGGGUUUGUCUAAUCGUGACACAGUCCUCGAGAGAAGCUUUUCAGCCGAUAAAAGUGUGCGUCAGACACGGAGUGUUUUAAGAGAUUCAGACUCAGUGUUAACGGGGAACUGGUGGAUAGUGGUGAAUUCCCGUGGCCAGAUUAGCUGGAUAAAAAGCAAAGAUUGAAACGAAGGAAACGCGGACGAGGAAAACGUCGACAAAACGGGAGACAGUGCUAGUGGCGACUAAGUGAGCGAGAUAGAGUCUAGGGGAAGAAAGAGAGAGAAAGAGAUAUAAACGAGUAGGGGGGAUAUAUAGGGAUGAAGAAAGAGUGAGAAAGUGUUAGGUAGGAGGUAUAAGUGAUAGAAGGAAACAGAAGGGGGAAUAAGAAAGAAAGAGAGGGAGGGGUAACGAUAGAGACAGACAGGGUGUUAGAAAGAGAGAGAAGGCGCGCGCGCGCGUCUAUGUGCCAGAAGGAACUGACAGAUAAAGGAAGUGGAAAGGACCUGGUCGGUCCUUCGGUAAGGAAAGCUAAGGGUACGAAGGACGGCAGGAAGGCAGGAAAGACGGAAGGAUCGUAGUCAGACGAAGCUGUGUUACGGGGUGACAGCGGUGCCAGUAGUAGAACGCGUCGGGUCUGUCCCCCAGGAAGGGACCGUCGCGCGCAACGCGAUCAAUUUUCGUUGCGACGCGGGCGGUGAGACUGGAGGAAAGGAAGAAAUGACGACUGCAGCGAGAUACCGAUAACCGGCCAGAUAAUGUUGUCGCAGAGCAAGUUUUACGCUCUCUUUAUCCACUACACAUUUGUGUAGCGCGACACGGGGCGGGUCCUUGCCGCUGCGGUGAAGAACAGAGGUGUCGGAAGAGGAGGUGGAGGCGCGAGGAGAACAAAGGAGACGAAGAAGAAGGAAGAAGAAGAAGCGGAAGAACGAAAAUUUAGGAAAGAAACGAAGAAAUUCGUUGGAAUUCCUGAAAAGUCUAAAAAGAUAUCCGAGAAACUAGGAUAUGUUUUAUUGUCUAUCGUCUAUAAUCGUUGCGAAAAGAAACAGAACAAGGAAAGAACGGAGGAAAGAAGAGAGAAAAAGAAAAGAAUAAGAGAAACAGACACACAUAAACACACACGCACGUAUACAGAAAAGACAGAAAAGUUUGUCGACGUACGGUGUGUGUUCAGUUUAUAGUGUCGUUGCUUGGUAGUGUGCUCUACCCUUGCCGAAGUUGAAUAAGUAAGGCCCGCGGAGGUAUCUCAGAACCCGCCCCUCCUCGACGUCGCAGUGCCUCUUCUCCAUAUCGCUACGUCGUGCUUUUUUUCGUUCAAGCUACGACUAUCCCUACAUUACCGGAGAAACUCCUCGACUAUAAGUAUCGAUCGACUCGAAGAUCAGACUAUGUUAUAUCGAAUAACGGAUUGAUCGCACCCGUCGCUUCAUUCACACGUCGGACAUGAAAAAUCUUGGUUCGCGUUGGACGGUCCCCGACAUAGCACGCACUGCCGCAGCGCGUUCGUCAUUUCUCGUCGCCAUUUCGUCGGAACGAGAUUCAGGUAGCAGCAGCAGCAGCAGCAGCAGCAACAGCAUCAUCAUCAACGAUAGCAGCAGCAGCAGCAGCAUCAGAAGCAGAAGUAUUAGCGUGAAAGUGAAACGGAGCAACGUUAGAAGUAGCGGUAGUGGAAUCAACAGGGAGAGUAUCAAAGGUAGAGGCAGAGUCACGGCGAUCGAAAAGUAUAAGAGGGGAACGAGGGGAAACGGUAGAUCGGCAGUCGACGUGCUGCACGAGUCGAAUUUAUCCGUCCGAUCGUACGUAACGGCGUCGUCAAAUCGGUUCGACGGCACGACGCGUCCCGAAUCGACGACGACGACCAGGUACCGGCCACUAGCCGGCAAGUCGCGCGGUUCUCAGCACCGGUCUCGUCCUCGUCAGCCGCAGCCGCAGCCACCGCAGCAGCCACUCUAUUACCCCCCCGCAUCGUGGGACACGCGCACAUUACACUUCAGGAACUGUUAGCACCGAUCAAAAGAAGGUGGCUCAGCUGUGUGCAGCUUAGACAAUGUCCGAAGAUUCUGACUCUGUAUCAGAGGAAGAAAGAAGUUUGUUCCGUCCGUUCACGCGGGAGUCCCUGGCAGCGAUCGAGGCUCGCAUCGCCGAGGAACAUGCCAAGCAGAAGGAGCUCGAGAAGAAGAGAGCGGAAGGCGAGGGAGGUUUUGGACGGAAGAAAAAGAAAAAAGAAGUUCGAUAUGACGACGAGGACGAGGACGAGGGUCCUCAGCCGGAUCCGAUGCUCGAACAAGGAGCACCGAUCCCGGUCCGACUGCACAACGAAUUUCCACCCGAGUUGGCCUCCACACCUCUCGAGGAUAUCGAUAGCUUCUAUCAUAAUCAAAGGACCUUCGUCGUCAUCAGCAAGGGGAAGGACAUAUUCAGGUUCUCAGCGACAGAUGCGAUGUGGAUCCUCGACCCGUUCAAUCCGAUACGACGAGUGGCCAUUUAUAUAUUGGUUCACCCACUGUUCUCCCUCUUCAUUAUCACUACAAUAUUGGUUAACUGCAUACUCAUGAUCAUGCCCACUACGCCCACCAUCGAGUCUACGGAAGUGAUAUUUACGGGCAUCUACACAUUUGAGUCCGCCGUUAAGGUGAUGGCGAGGGGUUUCAUUCUGCAGCCUUUUACCUAUCUUAGAGAUGCAUGGAAUUGGCUCGACUUCGUAGUUAUAGCUUUAGCUUAUGUGACGAUGGGCAUAGAUCUAGGCAACCUUGCCGCUCUCAGGACAUUUCGAGUCCUCCGAGCCUUGAAGACUGUCGCUAUUGUACCAGGUCUGAAAACCAUUGUCGGCGCUGUGAUAGAAUCCGUGAAGAACCUGCGCGAUGUGAUAAUCUUGACGAUGUUCUCUCUUUCCGUCUUUGCGCUGAUGGGCCUCCAGAUUUACAUGGGGGUGCUCACGCAAAAGUGUAUAAAGAACUUUCCCGAGGACGGCUCCUGGGGCAAUCUGACCGAUGAAAACUGGGAGCGAUUCGUUAGUAAUGAAACUAAUUGGUACGUGGACGAGGCGAAAAACAUGCCUUUGUGUGGAAAUUCAUCUGGAGCAGGGCAGUGCCUUCCUGGUUACACGUGUUUACAAGGAUACGGUGAAAAUCCGAAUUACGGUUACACGAGUUUCGACACCUUCGGCUGGGCUUUAUUAUCCGCCUUUCGUCUAAUGACGCAAGAUUAUUGGGAAAAUCUGUACCAGUUGGUUCUAAGAUCGGCCGGUCCAUGGCACAUGUUGUUCUUCAUCGUGAUCAUUUUUCUUGGCUCCUUUUAUCUCGUCAACUUGAUUCUUGCUAUUGUCGCCAUGUCUUACGAUGAAUUGCAGAAGAAAGCUGAGGAAGAGGAGGCAGCCGAGGAGGAAGCUAUAAGAGAAGCCGAGGAAGCGGCCCUGGCGAAGGAGAACAAAUUGGCGGCACAAGCGGCAGCCCGAGAGGCGGCAGCACAUGCGGCGGUGACAGCCGCUGACCAGAUAGUCAAAUCUCCAUCGGAUUUCUCGUGUCACAGCUACGAAUUGUUCGUUGGCCAAGAGAAAGGGAACGACGAUAACAACAAGGAGAGGAUGAGCAUACGUUCGAUCGAAUCGGUCAGCGAGCACAGAGUGAAACAGAUCAACAAUCACACGACCACCACUAAAGUGCGAAAAGUCAGCGCCGCGAGCCUUAGCCUGCCCGGCUCACCGUUCAAUCUUCGGCGGAGCAGCCGCGGUAGCCAUCAGUUCACGAUCAGAAACGGGAGGGGACGUUUCGUGGGGCCGCCGGGCGGCGACCGGAAGCCGUUGGUUCUGUCCACGUUCCUCGACGCCCAGGAACAUCUGCCGUACGCGGACGACUCGAACGCGGUCACCCCCAUGUCCGAGGAGAACGGGACGAUCGUCGUGCCCGUCUACUACGCGAACCUUGGGUCCAGGCAUUCCUCGUACACGUCGCACGCCUCACGCCUGUCGUACACGUCCCACGGCGAUCUGAUCGGCGGGAUAGCGAACGCGGGCAAACCGAUGACCAAGGAGAGCCAGUUGAGGAUCAGAUCUGUCAGGCCGCCGUCUGUCAAUGGGCAUAUCACGGAUAACAAUCAGAAGUACCAUUACGAGGGUGAUCUGGAAGAUGCCAUGGGCAAGGCGAAGCAACAAGACAAUCCGUUUAUAGAGCCUUCUCAACAGCAUGCCGUGGUUGAUAUGAAAGACGUGAUGGUGUUGAACGAUAUCAUUGAACAGGCGGCGGGACGUCAGAGCAGAACUCCGGAGCAAGGAGUUUCUUCGACCUAUUACUUUCCGACAGACGACGAUGAAGAAGGGCCGACAUUUAAGGACAAAUUAUUGACCGCGGUGCUACGUUGCAUCGAUAUCUUCUGCGUGUGGGACUGUUGCUGGUUGUGGCUUGAGUUUCAAAAAUACGUGGCUCUUUUGGUGUUCGAUCCAUUCGUAGAGUUGUUCAUCACCCUUUGUAUCGUCGUCAACACACUAUUCAUGGCACUUGAUCAUCAUGAUAUGGACAAGGAUAUGGAAAGGGUGCUCAAGACGGGAAAUUAUUUCUUCACGGCAACAUUCGGUAUCGAAGCAACGUUGAAGCUGAUAGCAAUGAGUCCGAAAUUUUACUUUCAAGAAGGAUGGAAUAUUUUCGACUUCAUUAUCGUCGCUCUUUCGCUCUUGGAGUUAGGAUUAGAGGGUGUGCAAGGUCUUUCCGUGUUACGAUCGUUCAGAUUGUUGAGAGUGUUCAAAUUGGCAAAAUCGUGGCCUACGUUGAAUCUGUUAAUUUCCAUCAUGGGUAGAACGGUAGGCGCGUUGGGCAAUCUGACGUUCGUGUUGUGCAUCAUCAUCUUCAUUUUCGCCGUGAUGGGCAUGCAAUUGUUCGGCAAGAACUACACUGACAACGUGGACCGAUUUCCGGACGGUGAUCUACCGAGAUGGAAUUUCACCGACUUCAUGCACUCGUUCAUGAUCGUGUUUCGGGUGCUGUGCGGGGAAUGGAUCGAGUCUAUGUGGGACUGCAUGCUCGUGGGCGAUGUUUCUUGCAUACCGUUCUUUCUGGCCACUGUCGUCAUCGGUAAUCUGGUUGUGCUGAAUCUCUUCUUGGCUUUGUUGCUGAGCAACUUCGGCUCGUCGAAUCUAUCGGCGCCGACCGCAGACAACGAUACGAACAAGAUCGCGGAAGCGAUCGAUCGAAUAGCACGAUUCGUUAAGUGGAUCAAGCGAAAUGUCCUUUAUCUUGCUAAAAUGAUGCGAGCCAAACUCACCAAUCAGAUAUCCGAUCAGGCGCCAGGUGAGGGACCGUCCAACAGUUGGAAAGAAGAUGGAAUUGAUCGCGAUGGGGACCUAGAUCUUGCAGAUGGCGAACUCGAUGCGUAUAGAGACAAGAAGAGUGCCAAGGAGCUGAACCAAUUGGAAGUUGCUAUUGGGGACGGGAUGGAAUUCACGAUUCAUGGAGACCUAAAGAACAAAUUGAAGAAGGGUAAAUUGUGCAUGAACAACAGCAAAGUUAUAGCAAAUUCGAUAAAUCAUCGUGACUACAGGCUGGAUAAUGAUUAUAUUAAUCAAAAUGAGGAUGAUACCAUCAGUAAUAAAUCAUAUGGCAGCCAUAAAAAUAGGGCGUUCAAGGACGAAAGUCAUAAGGGGAGCAUGGAUUCAUUGGAUGGAGAAGAAAAGAAGGAUGCGAGCAAAGAAGAUUUGGAACAAGAAGAAGAUCUUGGCGAAGAAGGAGAGGAAGGGGAAGGUGUGAUAGGCGAUGCUAUUAUCCAAGCAGAGGAAGAUCCCAUCGAAUCCGAUUAUCCAGCCGAUUGUUGUCCAGAAAAUUGUUACAAGAAGUUCCCAUUCUUGGCUGGCGACGACGACGCACCGUUUUGGCAGGGUUGGGCUAAUUUGAGACUGAAGACCUUCCAACUAAUUGAGAACAAGUAUUUUGAGACUGCCGUCAUUUUGAUGAUCCUUUUGAGUAGUAUGGCUCUCGCCUUGGAAGAUGUGCAUCUUCAACAACGACCCAUUCUGCAAGAUAUCUUGUACUACAUGGACCGAAUAUUUACUGUGAUUUUUUUCAUCGAAAUGUUAAUCAAAUGGUUGGCUCUUGGCUUCAAAAAAUACUUCACGAACGCUUGGUGCUGGCUUGAUUUUAUCAUUGUCAUGCUUUCACUGAUCAACUUGGGCGCAAUCUGGGCAGGCGCCGCAGACAUCCCGGCCUUCCGUUCCAUGAGAACACUGAGGGCCUUGAGGCCUUUACGAGCUGUGUCACGAUGGGAGGGCAUGAGAGUAGUCGUCAAUGCUUUGGUUCAAGCCAUUCCAUCCAUUUUCAACGUGUUACUGGUGUGUCUUAUCUUCUGGUUGAUCUUCGCCAUUAUGGGUGUACAGCUUUUUGCCGGCAAAUAUUUUAAGUGUGUAGAUGCGAAUAAAACAACACUCAGCCAUGAAAUCAUUCCUGAUCGAAACGCCUGCUUGGCUGAGAACUACACUUGGGAAAAUUCUCCAAUGAAUUUUGACCACGUAGGAAAAGCUUAUUUAUGCUUGUUUCAAGUGGCUACGUUCAAAGGAUGGAUUCAAAUCAUGAACGAUGCCAUCGACUCUAGGGAGCUCAACAAACAACCAAUUCGUGAAACGAACAUCUACAUGUAUUUCUAUUUUGUAUUCUUCAUUAUAUUCGGAUCGUUUUUUACCCUUAAUCUAUUCAUUGGUGUGAUCAUCGAUAACUUUAACGAACAAAAGAAAAAGGCAGGAGGUUCCCUCGAGAUGUUCAUGACAGAAGAUCAGAAGAAAUAUUACAACGCUAUGAAAAAGAUGGGUAGCAAGAAACCACUUAAAGCCAUUCCACGUCCAAGGUGGAGGCCGCAAGCAAUAGUGUUUGAAAUAGUGACAGACAAAAAGUUCGAUAUGAUAAUUAUGUUGUUCAUCGGAUUGAACAUGCUUACAAUGACGUUGGACCAUUAUCAACAAACUCAGACUUUCAGCGAUGUUCUGGACUAUCUAAACAUGAUAUUCAUUGUGAUAUUCACCAGCGAGUGUCUCAUGAAGAUCUUUGCUCUACGUUACCACUAUUUCAAGGAGCCAUGGAAUCUCUUUGAUUUUGUUGUUGUUAUAUUGUCAAUAUUAGGUCUGGUUCUCAGCGAUAUUAUUGAGAAGUACUUCGUAUCGCCAACAUUGCUUCGUGUAGUAAGGGUGGCAAAAGUCGGUCGUGUGCUUCGACUCGUGAAAGGUGCCAAGGGUAUUCGAACUCUUCUUUUCGCCUUGGCGAUGUCGUUACCAGCUCUCUUCAAUAUUUGCCUAUUACUGUUUUUGGUGAUGUUUAUCUUUGCGAUAUUUGGAAUGUCGUUCUUCAUGCACGUGAAAGAUAAGAGCGGACUGGACGAUGUGUACAAUUUUAAAACGUUCGGACAGUCGAUGAUAUUGCUAUUCCAGAUGUCAACGUCCGCUGGUUGGGACGGUGUUCUUGACGGUAUAAUAAACGAAGAGGACUGCCAGGAACCAAACAACGAGAUAGGAUAUCCGGGCAAUUGUGGUUCGUCUACGAUCGGCAUUGCCUAUCUUCUCUCGUAUUUGGUGAUCAGCUUUUUAAUCGUGAUAAAUAUGUACAUCGCCGUGAUCUUGGAGAAUUAUUCUCAAGCGACCGAGGAUGUGCAGGAAGGUUUGACGGAUGACGAUUACGAUAUGUAUUACGAGAUCUGGCAACAGUUUGAUCCAGACGGGACACAGUACAUCAGAUAUGAUCAGUUAUCCGAUUUCUUGGACGUGCUGGAACCGCCAUUGCAGAUACACAAGCCGAACAAGUACAAGAUCGUAUCGAUGGACAUUCCUAUAUGCAAAGGAGAUAUGAUGUUCUGCGUGGACAUCUUGGACGCUCUCACCAAAGACUUCUUCGCGCGUAAGGGUAAUCCGAUUGAGGAGACAGCAGAGAUCGAGGUUCAAACGCGUCCAGGUGAGACUGGUUAUGAACCGGUCUCUUCCACUUUGUGGCGUCAGCGCGAAGAAUAUUGCGCGCGUUUGAUCCAAAAUGCUUGGAGAAAGCACAAACAGCAGCGUCUAGGCGGACCCAGCGAAGAAAGCGAUGACGCUGACACGGAUCCACGGGUCAGACAAACCGCAGUCUUAGUCGAGAGUGACGGUUUUGUAACGAAAAAUGGCCACAGAGUUGUCAUCCAUAGCCGAUCGCCGAGCGUAACCUCGAGAACCGCGGACGUCUGAUCGGCGUCCAUAAUGUCUCCAGCACCGCCACCGUCGUAGCAAGCGCCACCACGAACCACAAAUGGCGGCGUCCGUGCGACGAUCGCUCCAUCUGCAGCAUCGCCGAUUAACAGCUAUAGAAUUACCGACAGACGCGUCGAUUUCACGCAGCGUCUGCAGUGCUGAUACUGCUCGCGAGGAGCAGCGGCCUCACGGACCUCGCGCGCGCUCUCCAUCGACAGCCUUAUAGUUGUAUAAAAAAUAAAAGAAAGAAAAAAACCAAAAAAAAAAAAAAAAAACAAAGAAAAAAAAUACAUUCCUCCAACGAGUUGCCUUUAAUCUACUGUAAACGCUACGAUCGUUGGGAAAGACACGUCGCUAGCUGAUGAACACACGAGCGAGGACUAGGAUACACGAGACAUGUGUUUGUUUGUCCUGAACGAGUCAAAAAACGGGGCGCAAAUAAUAAGAUGAUAGAGAAAAACAUAAAGUUGUUGAUAUCAUCAAUCGUCCGUGCUCGUUAUCGGAUUGGUUCGGCUCUCGUUCCGUGGUGCAAGAGGAAUCCAUGGAAUCGUAAUUGAAAUAUUUGAAGAUUUGGCUAUGAAACGAAGAUAUGGAUAGACAUACGAAGAGGAAUCGAAGGACAAGAACUUUAACAGGAAAGAACGCAUCUAAAGAAUAUAAUGAUAGUCGGUGUAUAGAGAAAAGUGUAUUUGACUCUGUACAACAUAACCUUCGAGUCGACUUCCCCCCUUUAAAAAUAAAUCAGGGCUCGAAGGUUAAUGUUGCUACGCGCUCAGUAUUCCUGCCUUCGAUGGACUUCGUUACGGUACUUCUUACCGUUCUUUCUUUUUUUUUUUUAGAAAUCGUACGAUGACGAUGACGAUCCGCGCCGGCUGCGUUAGCUGUACGCAUACUCGAGACGCAAUGAAAUGAAAAAUCUUUUCACGUGACCGACAAUGAAAUGAAGAUCUACGAUGGGAUAGUUGAUAUUGCCGCGUUUGCAAAAAAGAAAAAAAAGGGAGAAAAAGAGAGAGAGAAAAAUGAGCGAUCGUUUCUCAUCGUUUCUCUAAAAGAAAACUUAUCGGUAGAGCCGAUUCGUAAAAUUCUAUCCGCGUAUAUUGGAUUUUUUACACGGUUUUGACAGCGACUCGCCAACUCGCUGACAAACACAAUACAAACGAAAAGAAGUUAAAAAAUAUAUAGAAAUGUAAUAAAAAAAAUCAAUGUUGAUUCGCUGCGGUCGAGGUUCGUGGGUGACAUUUGUUCAUUUAUUUGUUAUUCUGGUCAUCGUACUGUGGUGUAUAAUAAAUACGAGAAAGUUUUUUGAACUUGAAAAAACUGAAAAAAAGGAAAAAGAGAAAAAAUGAUGGAGAAAACGAAGACAUUGAUGAAGAUGCUGAUCAUAACUGACGAUAAUAGUGAGGAUGAUCAUAGAAUGAUUAAGAUUAUAAAUCAUGAUGAUGAUGGUGAAUAAGAAUGUUAAUAAUGUGAAAUGUACGCGUAGUUUACUACAAUUUGCUCGGCUUGAACAAAUUUUGCGCAGUACGAUGCGCAAAAAUCCGAAUGCGCGGCUUUGUUUUAUCUAACCCUUUGCUUCUCUAUUCCUCUUAUCUAUUUCUAUAUUUAAAUAUCAAGCAUCAAUGAUCUGUAAACAUUUGUUUUAUAUAUUAUUAUUAACGAUCUGAUUUUACAGUGAUAUAUUUAUUUAAAAAAUCGAAAAAUUGCUUCUAUAAAAAAUUAGGAAGAAAUACGAUUGUGAUUGUGAUUCAUUUGAUAAAACAGAUUUUUACCUUAUCUUUCUCGCAAAGUUUUCAUUGUUGGUAAAAAAGUUUUUUUUUUUUUUUUCAAUAUUUAUAAUUGAUAAUUAGUUUUCUUACCAAAAGGAACAGAGAAGAAAAAGGAAUGGCAAAUACAAAUUUCGCAAUCAUCAUCAGCUAGAUAUUUACACAUUUGCAAAAACUUACACAGACACAAUCUUACACGACGUAGUGAUGCGCUUUGGAAUAAAUGAAUAUACAUAAUAGUGUAACGUUAUUCGAAUAAUUGUAAUCGACAACCGUGCGCCCGUAAACCCGUCUCGCAGUAAACGCGUAGUCUAAUUAUUAAAAUGAGUAUAAAACGAAGUAUAAAAUACCGCAUGUUUGAAUAAUGUGGAAAAAAAUGAAAGAUUAACUCGGUUGAUAACGUAGAAUUGGACACAACUAUUUUUAACUCAUUUUUGAAUUAUAUUUCUAUCAGAAUUUAACUCAAUUGUUAAAGUAAUUAAACUUGUAAGAAUAAUUAAUAUAAUGGGAUAAAUUCUAAAUUUAAGAAAAGUAUUUUAGAUACUUUAAUAUGAUAAUUUUUGUUUAAAAUAAUUUUUUUAAUAUUUCAAUGUAAAUAAAUCAUUUGCAUUUCAGAUAAAAUUUAAAAUUAAAAAUUCAUUAACAUUUUUAAUUCUCUAUUAUAAAAUUUGAGUGAAAAAGUUGUGUCAUUCUACUUAGUUUAAUAAUAGAUGCCAAAAUGACACGUUAAGUUUUCAACAAAAAUUGUUAAGAUUUCAAAUGAUUAUUUUGCUGUUCGUUGUUUAAAAUAUUUAGUACACAGUUUCUGUUGAAUUAUCAAACGUGAUUUAUCUCUCUCUAUAUGAGAACAAACAAUGCAAAAACGCCCAAAAAGUACGUUGUACCAUUUCCAUUCGUGAUUCGUGAAGAUGCACGUUUAAGAAUAAUAACGAUUAUUAUAAACUGACAAAAUAACCACACAUUUUCUUUCAUUAUGAAUCACGAUACAAAUAUUUAAAAAAAUUUCGAUAUAUAUUCUAAAUGAUUAAAAAAAAAAAAAAGAAAAAAAGAAAAAAAAAAGAAAAAAAAUCGAUGCUUCAUAGAAGAAAGGAAUCGUUCGAGUUCCCAGCUCGAUUUCGAACGGGUUUACGUGCUUAAUUAAUUUCGUGAAGGAUCGCGUGCCUGUUUUAUAAAUAAUACAAUCUUGUCCUUCAGAUUGUAGGUAGGAUUGUAUUACGAUCGAGUAAAAUUAUUUCGAUAUAUAUCGAUAUAUAAAAUUUUUUCAACAAUCGUAAACAUGGCACUCGAUUUUAUCACAAGUCAAUAACCUCAAUCGCAUCGUUCUCGUGCAACAUAAGAAAUCAUAGGUUUAGUGAAGUGAAUCGAGGAACGCGUUGCAAGUGAUAUGCACACGGAGAUAAACGAGAAUUCGUUGGAACGCGUCUGUCUAUAACGACGGCAAAGCACAGUUCAUUUUUGCCGUACAAAAUACAGAUUAAUGCAUAUUAUACAUAUAGGUACUUACACGAACGAAAGUUAUCUCGGGCUGGCACGCACGAGCGUGCAGUGGUGAGGCAACAACAACACAGAGGACAAACAUGAACUAAUGUGUGUGCGUGUGUGUGUUAACGCGGAUUGCGCAAUCGUUAUUUUUCUACGUUUACAUCCGCGUUCUGAAAUGGAAUAGAAAGAAACACGAUGGGAAAAGGAACGAGGAACGCACCUUGUUGCUCGUGUGUUUUACCGGAAACAGGUGUCGUGUUAGCGACGGCGGAAACGCUAUAAUAAACGAAGCUAGAAUCGUUCUCGCUGGUCGAAAACGGACGUGGCAAAAAAACUCGCAGCUCGCUCGAAGGAUUGUAUUUGGAAUAUAUAGCAGGAACGACAUAAGAACAUAACAUAAAAACGAUGGUUAUGAAUGUUACGUGAGCCGGGAACGGUGUAAAUUUAUUACACAUAGGUUGAGAAUGAGAUUAGGCGAAAUACAGAUAUGCAAUUAGGUACAGAAUAAUGCGAGAAAUAACGAAGAGAAAAUAUGGAAACAGAUAAAAAAAGAAAAACAAAUGUUCAUUAUUUUAAGCUACGAAGGCUCAAGAGGGUGAGGAUCAUUGUAAAUUACUCGUACAAAUAAUUCACACACUAUCGGUGUCGAGUCCGCUUUGUCAAAGUAUUUUAGAGAAGCCUGUCCGAUAUUAAUGUCCUCGUACCUUUUCUACGUAUAUUAUAAUUGCAUUUCACGAUUCUCGUCGCGGGCCAUUCGAUGAUCUUUUCGUGAGUACGCUUCAAAGUAUACGCAUGCGCGUGACUGCGUCCUCGCGACUCGUUCGUUCGGAAGAGAUCGUCGUUCUUCGUUUCUUCCGAAGAUUUGACUUUCUUAUACUCUGAAUCUCUCUGAAUCUUUAAAAUGAUUGAUGAAUCCCAAUAAUAUAUCCGCGUUAUCAUCAAUUACACAUCAGAUUCAUCGCGCCACCUAAUUAUCUCAAUAAUUUUCCGCAACGAAAAAGCAGAUAUGGAUAUGGAUUAUGCCUAAAAAAAAGUAUUGCGCGAUGCCGUUGCUGUUUGCAUUAAUAUUAUAUUUGACGAGAAUCUUCGAAUUUUUUUCUAGCCGCACGUUAUUUAAAUAUUUGUUUUUUGUAGAGAUCAAAAUAAUCACGAUAAUACUCGAAAUAUACUCGAUCAUGCAUCUGAUAUAAUAACAUAAUGUAAUCUAAUAUACGAAGCACGACGAACGACGAUGACGACGAAACGAAACGAAUAGAGGCACGAGAUCGAUCGACGACGAUUCAUUUAACUCGUCGAUCCUUCUUCUAUCGAAGUACGACGUAUCUGAUGGUCCGUCCGGCUCACUGUCUAAUUACUCAGAUACCCCCUCUCGCCCCUUUUUAUGUUUCGAACCUCUCCCGUGCUGUAAUAUGUGCAAAUAAUUCGAUAAUAAUCAAAUGGUUUGUACGCAAAUAAUAUACAUAUAUAUUUUCGAUACUACUUUGUCGAAUGGGUAACCGCGAACUUCUAGAAGCAAUAAAACUCUCGAGACACACGACAAACGUUAGAAGAUUAAAAAAAAAAAAAAAAAAAGAUAUAUAAACAGGGCGUAUAAACGAACGAAACGAAAUACAAUCGUGCAGAAAGUGUUCCAAAACACACAUUGGCCUCUUUUUAACGAUAAUUGAUUUUGCGAAUCAUGUAAAAAUCGUUCUUCCCUGAGAGGCAUCGAAAUGAAUAUCGUUUCUUCUUCUUUUUCUUCUACUUCUUUUUCUACUUCUUCUUUUUCUUCUUCUUUUUCUUCUUUUUCUUCUUUAUCCACAGUGAUUUUUUAUUGCGAACGUGAUGACUGCUCGGAUUUUUCGUGAUCGAAUGUUCGAUUGAAUCGCAACUUCCCCAAUUUUCAGUCGCGUUUACCGAUUGUUGGUAAACUUGGUGACAUUCGAUCCGCUUAAUCUACGGUCGUAUUGGAAGGGAAAGAGUAAAAAGGUUAGAAAUUCCGAUUUCCGCGUCUCGAAGGGUUGCUUGGAAAUUCGUUUUGCGCGUAACGCUCGGGACAAAAAAAAGCUCGGGAACGGUAAAAAAAUGUUCGAUCGGCCAAAAAAAUUUGCUACGGCUGCGAAAAGAAACAAGGGGGAGGGGGGUGGAAGAGUAUACGUGGUGUGCUUCAUUAAUUUUCGUUUUACCAGAAACAAAAAAAAAAAAAAAUCGUACAUUAAAUAUCAGCUUUUGCGCGACGACGGCUGUAAGAUAUUAAAGAACAAAAAUAUAUAUAUAUAUAUGUAUAUGUAUAUGUAUAUGUAUAUAUAUAUAUAUAUAUAUAUAUAUAUAUAUAUAUAUAUAUAUAUAUAUAUACAUAUAGGGCUUUCCUUCGUUAAGCGAGGUAAGACGAGAUUUAAACGUACUUUCUCCGUGGACGAUACUGCCGUUACGCAUUGUAUAAAGAAGAAAUGAAACUAAGUUAACUAAUCGUAAAUGCACGAAAUUUUCUUAAACGGAUAGCGAACAAAAAUAAAAAAAAGGGCUUUGUAGUGUCUCGAAACUCUCGAAACUUAUUAACCUAAACGUCGUCAGAUAAUAAAACGAUGAAAUAAACACAAAAGCUAUAUAAAGAAGGUACGAAAUAAAAAAUUCUGUGAGUUGGGUUAAAUAAAAGAAGAUUUAAAAAAAAAUACAAAGAAUAAUCGAGUAAAGUGUCAAGCUACGGAGCCUGUCGGCCAGUAUAAUGAACAAGCAACUGCCAUGGGUCAACAAGCUAGGUAGAUGAAAUGUGCUAAGAAACCAAAAAAAAAAAAAAAAAAAAAUCCAAUUUUAACGAGCUAGCUGUCGAAAAAAAAAACAUUACGCGCGAAGGAUCGUCCAUUCAAAUGCGUGCUCCGUGCUUGUGCGCGCAUGCGCGGACGUGUGCCGCGACGGCGCGCAUGCGCAAAUGCGUGUCGUAAAUACGCGCGAGCAAGCAGAGAGAGACAUCGAGACAGAGUGCGUGCGAAAGAACGUGUAUGUGUGAAAAAUAGAAAAAAAAGAAAGAAAGCGAGAGAGAGAGAGAGAGAGAGAGAGAGAGAGAGAGGGAGAGAAUGAGGGAAAGAAUGAACGAGAGCGCGAGAGAGGGAGAGCGAGAAAGCGAGAAGAGAGCGAAAGAGAGAGAAAAUGAGGGAGAGAAAGAGAGAACAUAGAAGAGCUCCUCCGUUGAAUGACAUUCAUUAUUAUUAAACAAAAUAAAAAUAUGGAUUAUUUGCACAAUAUUAUAAAUAAUUACUAUGUUUACUACGAUUAUUAAAUUAAAGAGCAAGUAAUAAAAGAAAUAAAAAAACUGUUGUUAAAUAAUUAAUACGAAAGAGGGAAUAUACGAAUAAAAUAAAAUAACGAAACGAUUUAGCUGAAGAUCGAUAUCGGAUUUAAGCAAAAAAAAAGCAAAAAAAAAAAAAAAGGAAAUAAAUAAAACACACAAACACAUAAAAAUAAAAGAAAAAAGAGAAGAAAAAUAGGGAAAAGACGAAGUUAAGAAAGUGACGAGAAAUAAAUAUGACGAUCAAGACGAAGGAAGGAUGGAGGAGGAAACGAUUCGUUUGUUAUCGAUUAGUUAACGAUCAUCCUUACAUUACAUUAUUGUAAUUAUAUAAAGUAAACGAUUAUUACCGUAAUAGUUACAAUUAACAAGUUGUUACCGCUUUGUUAUACAUAAUAUAAUUAAUAUACUAAGAUUAAAAGAAAAAAAAAAAAAAGAAAAAAAGAAAAGUAAGCGAAUGCAUCGUUGAUUCGUCCUUUACUUAUGUAGGUAACUAAAAUAACGAUUUGACUCUAUUAUUGUUUUUAAUGUCUUCACCGUAUUCCUUCGUUUGCUACCCGAUUUCGUUUCGUUGUCGAAAAAAAAUGAAGAAACAAAAAAAAAAAAAAAAAAGAUUCGGUUUUGUCGGCUUACCUCGCCCGGCCACAAUAUACACACGUUUUACAGAGAUAUUUUCAAUAAACGAAAAAGCUUAACACUCA